AGCCGAGCAGCAGAGUAGCAGUGUGGAGGAUGCUGCGGGAGUUGGGAGAGCCGGCCCAAUCGCAGUAGCAGUAGUCCAGCGUAGUGUGUCGUCGUCGUCGUCUCUUUUGUAUAUCGCGGGGGACGACGAGAUGAGAAUGCUCUGCUAGCAGACUGACUUGUCAAUCGGUCAGCAGCCGUCGGCACCGCAGCAUCUCCAUUACUACUACUCUCCUGUCUCUUCCACACAUUUACGUACAAUUCAAUCUCUUCAAUUGUCAGCCGGCAAUCAAUCAACCGGGACGUCGGACAACCGCCGAGGGUUCAUAUCAACAGCUGAAGGUGAAAGGGGCUUCCAGCUUCCGCUGUCCCGGACGCCUCCGAAGUGUAUGUUUGAAAGGCCCCGCUCAUCAUCACAUAAGAACCGGUCAUUGUCGUCAUGUUAGCAACGGCUUUGGCCACGUCUCCGUCGUCGUGGGAAUCAUCAGGAUCGUCGCCGGACGACUUGGCCCCGAGCGGAUCCGGUCGGAGGCCUUGCCAUCAUCCGCACAAUCACCAUUACCAUCACCAGCAAUUGGAGACGCCCAAUAAUAAGCAGCAGCAGCAGCAGCCGGAUCAACAAUCGACGACUACACCAACAAUCAGCAAUAAUCCAUCGUCGGCUCCUGUUGUUGUCGCUGAACCAACACCACCGCCAGCCCAACAACAACAACAACAACAGCCGAGCCGGGCCUCAUCAUCUGGGAGUAGUAGCGGCGGAAGCGGAAGCAGCAGCAGCAGCAGUAGCCGAUCCGUUCAUCAGAUCCAAGUGCAGCUGCAGCUGCAGCACAAGCAGCGCCAGCAGAGUUACGUCUACCCCAAAUUGCAAUUAGUGCAGAUCGACGACGCGUGGUACGCGCUCAAUCAGACCUGCUUGCAAAUCUACCAGCAGCUGCAGAUGUGCGGCACUGCCCAGCUCAUGCCCGUCGACGUCGUCCCUCUCCACAAGUUGCCGGAGUGCGUCAGAAAAUCGCUGUCACCAUCUGAUGCGGAUUACGGAGGAGGAGGCAACAGGAGAUGCUCGGGAGGAGGAGGUGGCAGCGGCAGCAACAAUCGCGGCGGCGGCAGUCGUCGAAACUCGAGCGGAGGCGGCAACAUUAAAAUAUCCGGCGCUCAUCAUCAUCCGGCAGGAGGAGGCGGGAGCCAUGACGACGCCAACGAUGACGACGCCGUCAGCAGCACAACAGGAGGAUCUCCCGGCAAUUUGCAGCAGCAGCAGGUCCCGUCGGCGGGCAUCUACGACAUUAUGAGCGAUGCGGCCUCCAUGGCAGCAGCUGCCGGAUCCGGCACCAGCAGUCAUUCACCUCGACUCCUCUGCAAUAACCAAACGGACGCCACUAGUAUCAACGCAUCCGCAUCCAGUAGUCACGCAGCCGACAAGUCUUGGUGGUCUCGGUUCUUUUACGGCAACAAUAGCGCGGCCAACGUUGCGGCUCCUCCCAACGCCGGAGGCAAUGCGACGUGGAUGGCGUCGUGCAGGAGACGCCAGCCGCAAGCCGUUCAACAUCCGUUCCGCCGUCGGCAUCGCCAAAUCGUUCAGAAACUCAUGGAGGAAACCAGUUUGGCCGAGGAGGAAAACAACCGCAGCAGAUCUGCCACGGUCACGGUCGCCAGUACCAAAGAGACCGGAACUCCUUCAGGAGCCACGACGGAUGCAGCAGCAGCCGACAAGGACACCAUCCGUCGGGAUCACGAGUCAGGAGCCGCAGAUGGCCAGUUGUUCACUUGCGUCGUCUGCCAGUCCGUGUUUCAAACUCAUCGGCUCCUGCAGCGACACCGCGAGCGAGCCAAUCAUUUCGGGUGCACUGUUUGCUGCAAGAGCUUCAAGAACUGCUCCUCGCUGCAGGAUCACUGCGAACUCUUGUCGCACUGGUCCGAAGAGGAUUCCGACGAGGAUUCCGGCGACGAUUUCGACUCGGAUGAAUAUUUGUUCUCCUCAAGCGAUGACGAAUGAGAAUGCUGACAGGCAUCGCAGCAGUUAUAGACUUAUACGUGAAGUCGUGAACCCGUUGCGCGCGAGCGUUUAUAAUCGCCUGCCGAAUGAAAAACGCCCGCGUGUUAUUCCACUUCUACUCAGAUACAGACACUCGCAUAUAAAUAAUAUAUAAUAUAUACAGUACAUACAUAAACAUUAGGAUGUUCGAAAUCUUUAUUCCCCCGCGUUUGUGUGCACACAUCUCAUCCUAUAACUUGUUUUGAUCAAUCAUAGAAUUUUUAGUUCUUUUUUUUUCCCCAUUUUUUUGUUUGUAACGAAUGGAAAUAAACGCUGAACCAUUA